AUGGCUAUGAGCUUCUACUCCAACUGGGAUUCUCCACAGUUCCCACCAACAGAGCUAACUGAAGACAUCUUCGGUUUCGGUUUCGACAUUAAUGAAUUUUCAGUUUCAGAUUGUUUGAUUGAUUAUCCAAUUUUGCAAUCUGAUGAGCUAUGCUACUACACCAAUCUCCUCCCCUGCUUUGAAACAGAGUAUGGUCACCUCCCCUGUUUAGAAACAGAGCAUUUUCAGUACCCGAAACGCCAAAAGAGCUACGCCGACCAAUUUGAUUCCCAAUUCACACCUAACUUGUAUCCUAAUCCAGUCCCAGAUUUCGUAUUACCAGAAAUUCAAGCUCCAGUGACGUUCAAUUAUGGAAGUAAUGGUGAUAAUUGUGUGAAGAAACCGAAUGGUGCUAGCUUGUCCGCGCAGAGCAUUGCAGCAAGGGAGAGGAGAAGGAAGAUAACAGAGAAGACGCAAGAGCUAGGGAAGUUGAUUCCUGGUGGGAGCAAGAUGAACACUGCAGAAAUGUUCCAAGCAGCGUCGAAUUACGUCAAGUUCUUGCAGGCUCAAGUCUCGAUCCUCGAACUGGUUGGGACAGAGCAGGAAAUGGAAUCAAUGGACAGAAAGGAGCUUGAAAUUCUUGUAACAUCUCCAACAAUUCAAGAGAAGUUGUGCUUGGAGGAGAAAUGCUUGGUUCCGGUACAACUGGUUCGAUCUCUUGUCGAUGAUCAUGAGUUGAAGCAGAAGUCUUUGAUAAUGCAAAACAAUUGCUAAAUGUUGUUUUCCUAAUUGAGGUUCUAAUUAUAUUAGGUUAGGUUAAUUAACUAGUAAUUAGUCAUUGGAGGUAA